UGUUCGUCCCGUCAACACACACACACACACACACACACACGCCCCGCCGCCGCCCACAGACACACACAGCCAGACCAUGAAGGCUCCGAUCUCCCCAGGGAACACUCACCUCUCCCUGCUGGUGGUGGCGGUGCUGGUGGUGGCGGUGCAGACCCAGACAACCGAGCAAUGUACCGAGAAUGUCACAGUGCUCGGAGAAGGGGAAAUUAGCACCACGGCCGUCGGGAAAAGUAUCUCUCAUGGUGGUUUUUCCAAGGACGUGUAUCUGUGGCCCGAGGAAGGCUUCAUGGGCGUGGGCCUACAGGUUCUAGCGGACACCAGCACAGGACCGGUGAGCCUGGACGCGUGGUUCCCCAAGGACGGCCUCUUCCCCUUCACCAACACAGCCGCCUGGUGGGAGUUGGGGAUAUAUGUGUAUCACUCUAAUGAAGUUGUGAAGUUCCAUAUACAGCGUGGUCUUACAUUGAGGGAGUGUCACUAUUGGGUCAACACGGACAAGCUGCUGAGUCUGGAAGUGGUGGGUUACGGCGCGUCGAGAUGGAGAACCGACAUACCACCACCUGGGUGCCCCUAUCGUGCAGUACAAGCCCCCUGGCCACAGCCGUAUAGGAACUGCACCGCGCCCCCAACUCUCGCACCAGACGCUACACCGUAAUUCACCCCAGAAUGCGUCUAGAAACGGAUCGACAAGCGGCCCGGGUUCCUGCCUGGCCCGGCAAACACCACGCCCGGCCGCGCCCUCAGCCAGUCCUCCACAGCCCGGCCUCCACGAGAAAUUAGGAGCAAUCACAGCGCUGAGCCAGGCUGCCCGCUGCUGACGUCACUGCUUAGACUAUAUACACAGUUGUACUACGGGCUGCUUCUGGGCGGCAUAUUUCCCAAGUCUCUUACGGUUCAGCAUAAGGAGAAAUUAGGAGCAAUCACAGCGCUGAGCCAGGCUGCCCGCUGCUGACGUCACUGCUUAGACUAUAUACACAGUUGUACUACGGGCUGCUUCUGGGCGGCAUAUUUCCCAAGUCUCUUACGGUUCAGCAUAAGGAGAAAUUAGGAGCAAUCACAGCGCUGAGCCAGGCUGCCCGCUGCUGACGUCACUGCUUAGACUAUAUACACAGUUGUAUCACAUAUACGCCCCGUGAUUGUCUCCAUGUAUCUCCCUUAAGGACAAUAAACAGCCAUAGAAUAUA